AUGUCUUCCGCGCUAGUAGCACGCAUGCAAUCUUACGAAACAUAUUUUUCCCGACAAAAGACAGCGCUUGAAGUGUCCAUUAUCGCGGACGUCGAUUCUAUCCAAAGAGACUUUGUUCAACUUCAGCUUAUUAGACCUGACGUAGAAAUUACCAAGGACGUGUUUAAAGCGUUGAUUUUGGAAAACGAUGAUGGUUUAGACAAUUCCGGUAAACGUAUCAAUGAUUUAUCGGCAUUGUUAAGUCGAGUCGGAGUUUCCAUUUUUUAUUUGUCAACUUAUCAAGAAGAUUUCGUGCUUGUAAAAGAGAAGAGAAUUCCUCUUGUAAUUUCGACACUCGAACCAUUAUUUAAUUUCACGGAUGUUGAGGCUCUGGAAAAUCCCACUAUUCAUGUGAGAAAUCAGCAACAAAUGGUAAUCACAACACCACCAGCUGAGGAGGAAGAAGAAUUUUGUUUUCCUGUAGGAGCUGAGCCGAUUAAUAUUGAAGACUGUCUCAAGCCACAUAAUCAACAAUCUACUUCACUUUCCCUGAGUCAUGCUUCUAAAGAUCCGAUUCUAGGUACGAGUCCCGUUUUUUUCACGUCCAACUUUGCCGAGAAAUAUCCUAUAACUAAAUAUGAGAACGAAGAGAAGACAAUGGCUGAGAUUCGCAAACAGUGUCUUAAACGUGUUACAGGACAUCGGUUACGAUUGGUUGGGUUAAAUAGGGAAUUUAUGGAAAGUAUGAGUAUUAUUCUCAUGAAAAUUUUAUUUUUUCCUGAACUUCUUGAAAAGCCUGGUGAUUCUAAUGAUGAGAGUGCAUCAGUUCAAUCUCGGUUUCUCUCAUACACUGCAACUGCGGACGGUAUUUCAUUAGUGACCGAUGAAUCGGUGCUUGACGAAUUUCCUGAGUACAUGCUAAACAUGAGUAGUGUUGCAAUACCACUUAGAUGCAUUCAAAUGGACUUAUCACGUACGGGGUCUUUGGAUAAAUACGGAAUCGUUUAUUCUAUAUCUAACCCUUUGAUAUCGAGUGAUAUUAAUUUGUUGUAUUUGAGUACUUAUAAGACUGCCAAUGUAUUGGUGCCGGAUAGUGACUUGGAGAAAUCACUUCGAAUCCUGGAUAAUGUUGAUGCAGAAACUCAACUUGAAAGAGAAACUCACGAAGAACUAGGAUAG